AUGAGGACAUCUCAGCCUGUCAAAUCCACCGCAUUCUGCAUCCAGCUCACGUCGAUGCCACAGUUAGCGGAGGCAAUAAGGGAGGAAGAUGAUUGGACCGGGGUUAAGGAUGCUGCAGCACGCAGACGAGCACAAACAAGACUCAACACAAGGGCAUAUCAUCACCUCAUCACCUUACUUCAACUUAAUGCCCUCCGCGCCCUGGCUGUCAAUCGUACCCUCGUCUCGGGCAUCCUUACCACUCCGCUUGACUGUGCUGAGGAAAAAAUCCACAUUAUCCCCUACCCGACCAAGCCCGAGCUACUCCCACCAAAAUUGCUACCCACUGCCCUUCAGCAGACGGUGCCGCACGGCGACUGGAUCGACGUUUUCCCAUGUCCCGAGGGACGAGAUCGCCUGAUCCGGGCGGCCGGCACCUUUGAUGAGGACGAUCUGUGGGCCGACUGCAUUGGUGGGCUGUUCGAGGGCUUUCCCGACGACGAGAUUGAGCGACGCGGCAUCAUUGCGUGGUCACCACCCUGGGAUAUCUCGGGGUGGGAGAUGUCGGAAGGGUUUAUAAGGAAGUGGGGGUGGCUGUUUAACGGGUUACCGGGAGCGCUAGAGGCGACGAAUCGUAAGGUGAAAGUUCUAUCACAGGUAGCCGCCCAGUUCCACGACGCCCUCUCUGAGCGUAUUUCCGCGCAGGCCGCACAGGCCGCGCAGAGCAAGCAGAGCAAGCAGACCCCGGCAGCCCCAGGGCAGCCUACCGCGCAGGGCCCGGCAGCUUCUCCUGCGCAGCAGACUGGCGGCAAUGGCGGUGAUGGCGGCAAUGGUGGCACUGGUGAUGGCGGUGUUGGCGAUGGCGGUGAUGGCCAGAACACCCGUUCCGAGGAAGAGGCGGAGAUCCAGCGGCUCGCUGGGCGUCUCCUGCAGGACAUGCUCGGCCUCCAAGAACCCCCUCUGUGCGCAGGCCGCGCGACGAUGAGCAAGGUCGAUGAUCUCGGCCUAUAUGGCAGGUCCCAGACGUCCAACACCUCCUACUCCCAGCGUCGCUCAACCAAUCGCUGGACCCGAAACCAAACCGCGCCUAGCACCCCGGGCCACUCUUGCGUCAAGCGACGUGACCGGCCGUGGACCGAAACCCCCACGGCUAAGUGGCUGCGGUCCACCCCAGGCCCUAGUACUCCGGGCGCCAGCACGACUUCAGUCCCUAGCAAUCGUCUCGAUGCGGAAAAAUGA